CCUGGUAAAACUGGAGAGCUCUUCAUCUCCAGUUUCUGCAGCGAAGGUCUCUAAACCAGACUCAGACUCCCGUCCGAAACAGUCCCUCCGAAAGCUUCAGUUGAGUGUUGAGGAGAAAAAUGAGCUGGGAAAUCUUCAAAGUUUCAGCGCAGACUCAGACUCUGAGACACCCGGUGGAUCUUCCUCUUGCUCCUCCUCUUCUGCAAAUGCAGGAGGACCUCCUAAACAAGAUGGUCAGGAUGGGCAAGAAGAGGAGGGCUACUGGAGUGGGAGCGCUGCUAGUCUUAACCGAGAUCAAAGGAAUCGACACUGCUUCAGGAAAAAAGAAAUGCCAAGCGGGCAGACCAAAAUACGAUCAAAGUUUUCACCCUGGAACCUCUCGUCUCCGAGGAUCAACCGAGACGCCCGGCUUAGCGUACACAUCGGUCAUCCAGGGAGAGUGGAAACAACAUUCAGACAUGUCCACGGUGCCUCAGAGGAUGGUGUUGAUGAAGAUGAUGAUGACAAUGACGAUGAUGACAUGAUGUUGGAGCCUGAGGAUAUAGACUUAUUGGAUAAGAAGUUUCAAACGGUGCCAUCGGACCCAGUUGAGACUGCAAAACUCGAGUUGAAGAAGAUGAGGACAUUGGAGCGGCGGGCCAAGAUGAAUGAAAUACAGCGAUUCCGCCAAGCUCAGUCGAUCCAACGAAGGCUGGAGGAGAUUGAAGAGUCGUAUAAAGACCUGGAAGAGAAAGGUGUGGUGCUGGAGAGAUGUCUGCGCGGAGAAUCUGAUAGCAGCGGUUCCCCUGAAACGAUUGAACAGUGGAUCCAGCUGGUCCAUGAGAAGAAUGCGUUGGUUUCUGAGGAAUCAGACCUAAUGGUGGCGUCCCGACAGCUGGAGCUGGAGGACAAGCACAGCAGCUUAGAGCUGGAGUACAGGAAGUACAUGGAGCUGAAAGACAAGACUCCCGAUCAGCAGGUUGAAGAGGACCAGAUUUUUCAGCAGAUAAUUGAGGUGGUGGAAAUGAGGGACUCUCUGGUGACAUUUUUGGAGGAGAAGAGGCUGAAAGAGAUGAGUGAGAAGGAAGAGGCCUUCUCCAUCAUGGAGGCCAAGAGACACUCAAAGACGGGAUCUCAGGUUCAGUGGGCCUAAAUCAUCUGUGUGCACAAACAUACCCACAGAGGCUGCACGGAGCCGUGCGCUGUGCAGGGGAGGCUUCGACUUCUGCUCCUUGUCAGAUUUUAAACUUGAGACUUCAGUUUGCAAAGCCAAAGAUCCUGAGGAGUUGUUGUGGAAAGCAGCAGACCACGAGUGGUCCUCUUGAA